AUGUCGCAAAAGAGAAAGUCAUCCAUUGGUGAUUUGGAUUUUGAAGAUUUGGACUUCCAAUAUUGCUAUAGUGUUAAAGAACUUGAACUUAUUAAUAAUUAUCUUAGAGUAAAUCCCAAUUUUGAGAUUAUAAACAGAAAACUAAUUUCUAUUUCAUAUACUCCAAUUGCCAUUGAAGCUGUUGUACAUGAGAUUGCUAGACAGCUUGGUAAUUGGAAUGUUGAAACUAAUAAGGAUGGACUUGGAAUUGUGACCACUUCUAAUGGUGGUUAUGAUUUUAGAGACACUAAUUUACAGAAGAUUCAAGCACCAGAUGUUGCUUUUACACCUGAAGAUACUUACCUUUCACUUGAUGAAAAACAACUUUGGUCCUUUGAAGGUCAACCCUUCACUCCCAUAUUUAUUGUUAAAGUUGCUAAUAUUAAAAAUAGUGAAGUAGAAAAAGAAGUUAAUAAUAAAAUCAAAAAGGAUUAUUUUGCACAUGGUACAUCUGUUAAAUUAGGAUGGUUGAUUGACCCUAUUGACCGUAAUAUUUGGGUUUAUAAAAGGGAUAAAAAUGGUUCACCCUAUCGUCGUCGUCAACCUUGGGAAGAUUUAGAUGCUGGUGAUAUUUUACCCGACUUUACUUUAGAAUUAGAGAUGAUUAAUGAUAUUAUUGACAAGGAUUCAGCAAGUGAUGAUGAUAAAGAAGAAGAAGAAGAAGAUGAUGAUGAUGAUGAAGGUAAAAAAAGAAGAAAAAGAAUUGAUGAUGAUGAUGAUGAAGGUAAAAAAAGAAGGAAAAAAGUUAAGAAAAAUGAAGCAGAAUGUCCUUAUUGUGACUUAGAAAUAAAUACAGCCUCCAAAAUGGCGAAGCAUAUUAAAAAAAUGCAUGUAAAAUAA